CCACAAGAUACAAUCACUCAUCACUUCCAACCCAUACCCCUCCUUCCACUUCCCACCACCGCAACCCCAAACACCACACACCACAAUGGUUCUCACAAAGUACAAAGCCGCUGCCGUCACCUCCGAGCCCUCGUGGUUCGACCUCGAAGGCGGCGUGCGCAAGACCAUUGACUUCAUCAACGAAGCCGGCGCCGCGGGCGCCAAACUCGUCGCCUUCCCCGAAGUCUGGAUCCCCGGGUAUCCCUACUGGAUGUGGAAGGUGAACUACCAGGAGUCGCUGCCGAUGCUGAAGAUGUAUCGAGAGAACAGCAUGGCGGUGGAUAGCGAGGAGUUUAAGAGGAUUCGAAGAGCGGCGAGAGAUAACCAGAUCUAUGUUUCUCUCGGGUUUUCGGAGAUCGAUCAUGCGACGCUGUAUCUUGCCCAGGCUCUUAUUGAUCCUAAUGGCGAGGUGAUUAAUCAUCGUCGCAAAAUCAAGCCUACGCACGUUGAGAAGCUGGUCUACGGCGAUGGCGCUGGCGACACGUUUCUCUCUGUUGUGCCGACUGAGCUGGGCCGCCUCGGCCAGCUCAACUGCUGGGAAAACAUGAACCCCUUCCUCAAAGCCCUCAACGUCUCCGCCGGCGAGCAAAUCCACAUCGCCGCAUGGCCCGUCUAUCCCGGGGCAGAGACCCUCAAGUAUCCAGACCCAGCAACCAACGUCGCCGACCCGGCAAGCGACCUCGUCACGCCCGCGUACGCCAUCGAAACGGGCACGUGGACGCUCGCGCCGUUCCAGCGGCUGAGCGUGGAAGGCCUGAAGAAGAACACCCCCGAGGGCGUUGAGCCCGAGACAGACCCCAGCACGUACAACGGCCACGCGAGGAUCUACAAGCCUGAUGGGACAUGCGUGGCAAAGCCGGACAAAGACUUCGAUGGGUUGCUGUUUGUGGAUAUCGAUCUCAACGAGUCUCAUCUCACAAAGGCGCUCGCGGAUUUCAGUGGCCAUUACAUGCGGCCUGAUCUGAUUCGCCUGCUUGUGGAUACGCGGCGCAAGGAGCUCGUCACGGAGGUGGAUCCCAAGGGCAGUAUUGCGACGUACUCGACGCGCGAGCGGCUGGGGCUCAAUGUGCCGCUUGAGGAUGCGAAGAAAAGGGGGCCUGUGGGCGUUGUGGAUUUGAUUGAUGGUCUGGAGAAGCAGGAGAUUUAGGUGCCUUGGGUAGUCUUGUCAUCUCCACUCUGGUGUGUGUGUGUGUGUGUGUGUGUGUGUGUGUGUGUGUGUUGGUUGUGUACUAUAUGGAUCAAGGUAUUCUUUGGUAAAAUUGUUGCUGAGCAGAAUCCCGAGUUUUUCUACUCCGAGACGCAUCGGCCAAAAUCAAGGUUUUGAUACCUUUUCGUGAGGUCAAAGAGAGGCUCAUGUUCUGUGGCCUCUCGUAUGAAUUUAGUGUUGUCUGGA